AUGGCUCGAUUUGAAGAACUUGCUGAAGGUGGUUUCAAUCGAACUUUCCUAAUCACUAUGCAUGAUGGCUUCAAGUUCGUCGGACGCAAUCCUUAUCCAGUUACUGAGCCGAAGCAUCUCAUCGUUGCAAGUGAACUACGUCGGAGAAUACUGCUGGCACCGAAUAUCUUUUUUAUGGGACUAGUCGAUGGAACAAAUUUGGGUGAUAUUUGGGUUGACUUGUCUAAGAAAGCCAGAAUCACCGUUGUGACCAAACUCGUAGAGUUUCCGGCAAGCGAUAGUCUGUACUAUACUAAGGACCUGCCAGCGGAGUACAAGAAAGUCGAUGUUCCUAUCGCCGAAUCCGAGCAAGAUAGUCGCUUUUGCAUUGGCCCUGACACGAGACUCAGCUUGUGGUAUGGAAAACGACUUGACAUCCAGGUUGAUCGCGGACGAUACAUGGACCCAACAGCAGCUCCAACAUUUGGAGCUAAAAAGCAGAUUGCACAUUUGACGAAGUUCGGCCAACCACUUCACCCCUUUCAACGUCUACGCAGAGAGAUAUACGAUUAUCAGAAGCAAUCACCCUCCGAUCAUCUAGACAAUCUAGAAAAAUACUUGCGAGCCGUUCCCUAUAUCAUGCCAACGGGCGACGACACUCCUACACGCCCAAUCUUGAGACAUCCUGAUCUCCAACCGAACAAUGUGUUCAUCUCCGAUGAUCUCAACAUUUUCGGCCUCAUCGACUGGCAACACUGUGCAAUACUGCCGCUCUUUCUGCAGUGUGGUAUCCCAAACAGUCUUCAAAAUUACGGCGACAGCGUCUCAGAAUCACUGACACCCCCUGAGUUGCCACACAAUUUCGACGAUGUUAGCGAAAGCGAACAAUUUGAGCAAGACCUGCUUCUACGUCGGCGUCAACUUCACUACUUUCAUGUCGCAACGACGGCAAAGUUUAAUUCCACGCACUAUGACGCUCUAACUGACGACUUCAGCGCCUGGAGGCGCAAACUUUUUGAUCACGCGAGCGAUCCUUGGGAAGGCGAUAACGUGACGCUCAAAGCCGACCUGAUUCAAUUAAUGAAAAAUUGGUCCAGCAUUGCCACUUCAAGUUCGAGCAUGAACGACCAUGCUAGUCUCCCUUACCCAAUCAACUUCUCCGAAGAUGAGAUAAGCGAGUGUUUGCGCCUGAAUGCUGCGCAGAUCGAGGCAGACGAGCAGCUCCAGACUUGUAGGGAGUGGGAUCGAAGAGUGGGUGCCCUGCAAUCGCGCCGGGAUGAAUUGCGUCCUGGUCGCCGCGCCCUCACAACUCUCACACCCCUCUCAACUGCGGCCCACGACCGCCACAUCGCCGCCAACGCCAUGAACCUCACCGCUUACUCCGACUCCGAGUCCGAUGGCGAGGCGCCGCCUGUGACCACAUCUGUCGCGAAACCACUCUCCAAAUCCUCGUUCCAAAGAGUCGUUGACCGCUCGAAUCCUGGGCGCAUCAAGGUCAACCUACCCGGCGCAACACAGUCACACACCAAGGACAAUACGCCCGACGAUGCACCGCCAUCGAAGAAGCCGCGUCUGGGCGGUGGUGGACUCAGUGGAUUCAAUGCAAUGCUACCUGCGCCCAAGAAGCCCAACGCCAACGCCAUAUCAACAUCGGCGAGCAGCAAUAGCGACACUAGAGGUUUAGGAAAAGGAUUGGCUUCGGGUGUCAAUCUGAAAACGGGCGCAGAACCUGCAUUCAAGAGGGAGCCUAGAGUCAACAUGGAUGAAUACGAUGAGAAUGGCAAUGUCAUCAAGAAGGAACCCAUGAACAAGGAAGACUUUAGGGCUAUGUUGAAUCUCCCCUCGCCCAAGACGGAGAAGAAGGAAAGAACUGCAGACGUCUCUGAAGCGGCUGUCGAAAUCGCCCCAACGGAGCCUCAAGAAGCGCCCAAGCCCGCUGCUCCACGCUUCGUGCCCAUGUCCGUCGGCAAGGGAAAGAAGAAGAAAAAGCCCACCAUCUCACGAUCAGCAAACGACCCAGAAAACACAUCCGAGACCUCCACCUCCGCGCCCUCCCCUUCACAACCCCUCCUCGAGGAAACCGCACCACCACCACGCAAACCAAAACUCUCCCUCUUCGGCGUAACCACCAACCAAACAGAUCCCUCCUCCCAACCAACACCAUCAACCCCCUACCAACCCCUCCUCUACAACCCCUCCCCCACCCAACCCACCCCCCAAAUCCCAAACCCCACCCUUCCCUCCCCCUCCUCCUCCUCAGAACCCCCCGCCCUCUCCACCCUCGCAUCAACCCUCCACCUAACCCCCUCCGAACUCCGCCAACUCCUCCCAAAACAACACUCCAAGAACCCCUCGGCCCCGAAAAUCCUAACCUUCAACACAGACGCAGAAGGGAGGCGUUGGAGGAGGGGUGGGCGAGGGGGAAGGGGAGGAGGGGGGAUAUUGGGUGGGAGGGGGGCGUUUUAG